GAAAGGGAAAUUGUGAAGUUAUGAGAGUGGCCGAAAUCUGAUCCCUGCUGCGAAGCAAAUUAGGACGGUUUCUUCAAUUGAUUCCGCGAAUAUUUUCUUGCCGUUGUAUAGUUCUUGUUGAAAACCCUAAUUUGUUUCGUUCGAUUGGCUCUGCAAUUAGGGUUUUGCGCCACGUUAAUGGCGGAAACUGCCAGUAGUAGAGAGGAGACUGCAUUCGAUGCGAAGCGCAAACCUGCUGAUCCCUGCUGCGAAGCGAAAGAGGAGCGUUCGAACAAGAUUCAGAAGCUUGAAGUGGUUGAGGGCGAACCCUGUAAUGAUGUAAAGAAGAAUGGUGACAAUGGAGACCAUAAGCAAGGUGAUGACCAGAUUGAUAACAUUUCUUCGGCUGCGGAAGGGAAAGAUGAUGGAGUUCUUGCAGCUGAUGUAGAUGCGGGGGACGAGGGAGAGGAUGACGAUGAUGAAGACGACUGUGAGAACGGUGAAAAGUCGAGUGGGAAAGCGGCUAAGGAGGAUCGUAAGGGGAAGGGUAUCAUGAAGGAUGACAAAGGAAAAGGGAAAUUGAUAGAGGAAGACGACGACGACGACGACGAUGAAGAUUCCAGUGAUGAUGGAAGCGAAUUUGACAAUGAAGAAAGCGAUUUGUCGGAUGAUCCACUUGCGGAGGUCGAUCUGGACAACAUCCUUCCUUCUAGGACGCGGAGGCGAACGGUUCACCCUGGAGUGUAUUUUGCUACGGAUCUUGGUAACGAAGACGAUGAUAGCAGCGACAGCGAUGCUUGAAACGCGAAAGGUACAGGGAGCCACUAUGUUCUUCCACAUAGUUUUGGAGAGGAACAUGCAGCUGCAUCCACGGCACUUUGGCCGUAAUCUCCGUGAAAAUCUGGUGUCCAAACUCAUGAAAGAUGUUGAGGGUACUUGCAGUGGUCGACAUGGUUUCGUAGUAGCAAUUACGGGAAUUGAGAACAUCGGUAAAGGAUUGAUUAGCGAUGGGACAGGUUUCGUCACUUUUCCCGUUAAAUACCAAUGCGUCGUGUUUCGACCAUUCAAGGGAGAAAUCUUAGAAGCAAUUGUUACUAUGGUAAACAAGAUGGGUUUCUUUGCUGAAGCUGGACCUGUUCAGAUUUUUGUUUCAAACCAUUUGAUACCAGAUGAUAUGGAGUUCCAGUCCGGAGAUAUGCCAAACUAUACCACUUCGGAUGGAUCAGUUAAGAUUCAGAAGGACAGUGAAGUUCGAUUAAAGAUAAUCGGGACUCGAGUCGAUGCAACUGAAAUCUUUUGUAUUGGAACCAUUAAAGAUGACUUCUUGGGUGUCAUAAAUGACCCUGCGGCAGCUUAGAACAUGUGUUAGUUUACUAAUUUUACUGUAUAGUUUCUGCAUUUCCUUGACUGUUCUCUGUCGAAUUAAACGGAUUCGUUUGCCCGUUACUUGGUGUAGCAAUAUUUGGAAUGAGAAACGUAUUUAUAACGGUCCAA